GAAGACCAAGUUCUCAAACAGAUACCCAACAAGGGAAAAAUAGAUACCCUGAUGGUGUGCGUGUUGGAGUAGUAAAACCAGGUUGAUUUUACAUGCAAAGGUUACCUCCUGCUGAAAUCACCAUGAGCAGCACACUUUCCCCUACCGAUUAUGACAGCUUGGAAAUCCAGCAACAGUACAAUGAUAUCAAUAACCGCUGGGAGGUGGCUGAUGAAGACUGGGACAAUGAAAACAGCUCAGCCCGACUUUUUGAGCGCUCCCGUAUCAAGGCUUUGGCAGAUGAACGAGAAGCUGUACAGAAGAAGACAUUCACCAAAUGGGUCAACUCUCACCUGGCCCGGGUCACAUGCCGCAUCAGUGAUCUGUACAGUGACCUGCGAGAUGGGCGGAUGCUGUUGCGCCUUCUGGAAGUGCUGUCAGGGGAGCAACUGCCCAAGCCGACCAAAGGCCGGAUGCGGAUACACUGUCUGGAGAAUGUAGACAAGGCCCUCCAGUUCUUAAAGGAGCAGCGUGUCCACUUGGAAAACAUGGGCUCCCACGAUAUUGUUGAUGGCAACCACCGACUCACGCUGGGCCUCAUCUGGACAAUCAUCCUCCGUUUCCAGAUCCAAGAUAUCAGUGUGGAGACAGAGGAUAACAAGGAGAAAAAGUCAGCAAAGGAUGCCCUGCUGCUUUGGUGUCAGAUGAAAACAGCUGGGUACCCAAAUGUGAACGUCCACAACUUUACCACAAGCUGGAGGGAUGGCCUAGCUUUCAACGCAAUUGUCCACAAACACAGGCCAGAUCUGAUAGACAUUGAUACCUUGAAGAAAUGUAACGCACAUUACAAUCUCCAGAAUGCCUUCAAUGUGGCUGAAAAGGAGCUGGGCCUUACCAAACUCUUGGAUCCUGAAGACGUGAAUGUGGACCAACCUGAUGAGAAGUCCAUCAUCACUUAUGUAGCCACCUACUACCACUAUUUCUCUAAGAUGAAGGCCUUGGCUGUGGAAGGGAAACGGAUUGGAAAGGUACUGGACCAUGCCAUUGAAGCUGACAAGCUCAUAGAGAAGUAUGAGACACUUGCCUCCGAUCUUCUGCAGUGGAUUGAGCAGACCAUCUUGACCUUGAAUGAUCGGAAGCUGGCUAACUGCCUGAGUGGAGUGCAGAACCAGCUGCAGGCUUUUAAUACCUAUCGCACUGUGGAGAAGCCACCCAAGUUUACUGAGAAGGGGAACCUUGAAGUUCUGCUCUUCACCAUCCAGAGUAAAAUGAGAGCCAAUAAUCAGAAAGUUUACACACCACGAGAGGGAAGGCUUAUUUCUGACAUCAACAAGGGUUGGGAGCGUCUGGAAAAGGCGGAGCAUGAACGUGAACUGGCUCUACGCAAUGAAUUGAUUCGACAAGAGAAGCUGGAGCAGCUGACAGCUCGCUUUGACCGCAAAGCAGCCAUGCGUGAAACCUGGCUGAGUGAAAACCAGCGCCUUGUCUCUCAGGAUAACUUUGGCUCAGAUAUUUCAGCAGUGGAAGCAGCGGUACGCAAACAUGAAGCCAUUGAGACAGAUAUUGUGGCCUACAAUGAGCGUGUGACAGCUGUGAAUGCUGUGGCAGAUGAGUUGGAGGCAGAGGGCUACCAUGACAUCAAGCGGGUGCUGGCGCGCAAGAACAAUGUGGUGCGACUCUGGGAUUACCUCCGUGAGCUGGUAGCUGCACGUCGUGAACGCCUUUUGCUCCAUUUUGAACUACAGAAGAUGUUUCAGGACUUGACCUACCUCAUGGAUUGGUUGGAAGAAAUGAAGGGUCGCCUCCAGUCUCAGGACUUUGGGAAACACUUGCACGGUGUUGAGGACCUACUUCAGAUCCACGCUCUGGUGGAAGCUGACAUUGCUGUCCAGGCCGAACGGGUAAAAGCCAUCAGUGCUGCUGCUCAGUGUUUUGCCACUCCUGGAGAAGGAUACAAACCCUGCGAUCCCCACCUUGUCCAAGAGCGUGUGGCAAUGCUGGAGCGCUGCUAUCAGGAAUUGGUGGCAUUGGCUGCACAACGACGCGCCAAGCUGGAGGAGUCACGCCGCCUCUGGAAGUUCUUCUGGGACAUGGGUGAGGAGGAGGCCUGGAUCCGAGAACAGAGCCAGAUUCUCUCCUCAGAUGACUUUGGCAAGGACUUGACAAGUGCGCUGCGCCUGACCAGCAAGCACAAUGCUUUCCGUGAUGAGAUGACUGGCCGGGCCUGCCCAUUGCAACAGAGCAUUGCUGAGGGCCGCCAGCUGGUGGCUGAGGGUCACUUUGGAGCUACCGAGGUGGCCGAGCGGAUCCAGGACAUUGAGGAGCAGUGGGAACAACUGGAGGCAUUGUCAAGUGAGCGAGAACGGCGUCUUCUCCAAGCCUCCAACCUUUAUCAGUUCCAGGCUGAUGCCAAUGACAUGGAGGCCUGGUUGCUAGAUACUCUCCGCUUGGUGUCCAGCUCUGAUAUGGGCCACGAUGAAUACUCGACCCAGAGCCUGGUGAAGAAGCACAAGGAUGUGGAGGAAGAGAUCCACAACCACCGGCCUGCCCUGGAUGCCCUGCACGAGCAGGCCCGGAGCUUGCCCCCCAACUUUGCCCAUUCUCCCGAAGUGGACGGGCGCUUGCCUGCACUGGAGCAACGCUAUGAGGAACUGGUUGAUUUGGCUGAGCGUCGCAAGCAGGCCCUGCAGGAUGCUCUUAAUCUUUACAAGAUGUUCAGUGAGGCAGAUGCUUGCAGCCUUUGGAUCAGUGAGAGGGAGUACUGGAUUGAAACAAUGGAUGUGCCGGAGAAGCUGGAAGACCUUGAAGUGGUACAGCAAAGGUUUGAGACACUGGAGCCAGAAAUGAAUAACCUGGCCUCUCGCAUCGCAGCAGUGAGUGAGAUUGCAAACCAGCUCUUGGGCACUGAUCACAGGAACAAGGAAAGCAUUCAAGCCACCCAGGAACAGCUCAAUAGUAGGUGGCAGCAGUUCCAGGCCUUGGCUAGCCAAAAGAAGGAGGCAUUAACCUCAGCACUCAGCAUCCAGAACUACUACUUGGAGUGCAAUGAAACCAAGGCAUGGAUGCGGGAGAAAACCAAAGUGAUAGAAUCUACGCAGGGUUUGGGCAAUGACCUGGCAGGUGUGAUGGCUCUGCAACGCAAGCUGGCUGGCAUGGAGCGGGAUCUGGAGGCCAUCCAGGGCAAAGUGAGGGACCUGCAUGAGGAGGCAGCCCGGCUGGCAGCCCAGCACCCAGAACAAGCAGCUGCCAUCUCCAACCGGCUCUCCGAAAUUGAUGGGACCUGGGACGAGCUGCGGGGAACCAUGCGGCGCCGCGAGGAUUCUCUGGGAGAAGCCAGCAAACUUCAGGGUUUCCUGCGUGACCUGGAUGACUUCCAGGCGUGGCUCUUGCGCACCCAGACUGCCAUUGCCUCAGAAGAUGUCCCGGCUACCCUGCCAGAGGCAGAGCGGCUGCUGAGCCAACACGAGACCAUCCGAAAUGAGGUGGAACAUUACAAGGGCGACUACCAGCGGUUGCGGACCAUGGGAGAAGAAGUGACGCAGGGCCACACAGAUGCCCAACAUAUGUUCCUUCAGCAGCGCCUUCAGGCCCUUGACACUGGCUGGAAUGAACUCGGGCAAAUGUGGGAGAACCGGCACCAGUUGCUUUCACAGGCUUACGGCUUCCAGAUCUUCCUGAGGGACACCAAGCAAGUUGAAGGGGUGCUCAGCAACCAGGAAUAUGUGUUGACUCACACCAGCAUGCCCAGUUCUCUCCAAGCUGCUGAGGCUGCCAUUAAAAAACAUGAAGAUUUCAUGACCACCAUAGAAGCCAAUGGAGAGAAGAUCAAGGGCCUGGUGGACUCUGGGAGGAAACUUAUUAUGGAAGACAGUCUUCACUCUGACAAGAUCCAAGAGAAGGUCAAUUCUAUUGACAGUCGACACAGGAAAAAUCAAGAAGCAGCCCAGGAUCUCCUGGCCCGGCUCCGUGACAAUCGAGUCCUUCAACGCUUCCUGCAAGAUUGUCAAGAGCUCACCCUGUGGAUCAAUGAAAAGAUGCUCUCAGCUCAGGACAUGUCCUAUGAUGAAGCCCGAAACCUCCACACCAAGUGGCAGAAGCACCAGGCGUUCAUGGCCGAGUUGGCCUCCAACAAGGGCUGGCUUGAAAAGAUCCAGAAGGAAGGGGAGCAGCUGGUGGCAGAGAAACCCGAAUUGGAGCCUGUGGUGAGAGCCAAGCUGGAUGAUCUGCAGAAACUCUGGCAAGAAUUGGAAUCCAGCACCCAGAGCAAGGCUCAGUGCCUCUUCGAUGCCAACCGUGCUGAGCUCUUCACACAGAGCUGUUCGGCCCUGGAGGCUUGGCUAAGCGGCCUGCAGGCUCAGCUGCUCUCAGAUGACUAUGGCAAGGACCUGACCAGCGUCAAUAUUUUGCUCAAGAAACAGCAGUUGCUGGAGAACCAGAUGGACAUGCGGGAAAAAGAGGUGGAGGGGCUGAAGGCUCAGGCGUUAGCCCUCAGCCAAGAGGACUCCAACACGGUGGAGGUGGAUGGGAAAUUGCAGUCAGUGGAGGACAAAUUUAUGGAGCUGAGGGCACCACUGGGGGAACGCUGCAAGAAGCUGCUGGCCUCAAAGGAGGAGCACCAGUUCAAUCGUGACCUGGAAGAUGAAAUUCUAUGGGUGAAGGAAAGGAUGCCCAUGGCUGUUUCCACUGAUCACGGCAAAGAUCUUCCCACUGUCCAGCUGCUGAUCAAGAAGAAUCAGACUCUGCAGAAAGAGAUCCAAGGACACCAGCCACGCAUAAACGACAUUCUGGGGAGAUGGCAGGGGCUGGCGUGUAGUGGCCUGGAGGCGGAGCUGCAGGGCCGCGUAGAGACGUUAGAGGAGAUGUGGCGGGAGCUGCAAGACCAGGUGGACCAGCGGCACGGACGGCUGGAGAAAGCACAGAUGGCCCAGCAGUUUUACUUUGACGCUGCCGAGGCCGAGGCCUGGAUGGGUGAACAGGAGUUGCACAUGAUCUCAGAGGAGAAGGCAAAAGAUGAGCUGAUUGCUCAGGCCAUGGUAAAGAAACAUUUGGGGAUGGAGCAGGCUCUGGAAGAUUAUGCCCAGACAAUCCAUCAACUCUCUGUCCAGAGCCGUGACAUGGUGAAUAAUGGCCACCCUGAGAGUGAGCGGAUCACUCUUCGGCAAGGCCAAGUGGACAAGCUCUAUGCCAGCCUGAAAGACCUUGCCGAGGAGCGUCGUGCCAAACUCCAGGAGCACCUCCGUCUCUGCCAGCUGAAGCGGGAAGUGGAUGACCUGGAGCAGUGGAUCUCCGAACGGGAGGUGGUGGCCGCCUCCCACGAGCUUGGCCAGGAUUAUGAACAUGUUACGAUGCUGCGGGACAAGUUCCGGGAAUUCUCCCGUGACACCAGCACCAUUGGCCAGGAGAGAGUGGACGGGGUCAACCGGCUGGCUGAUGAGAUGAUCUCCGCUGGCCAUUCAGAGAAUGCCACCAUUGCUGAGUGGAAGGACAGCUUGAAUGAGGCCUGGGCAGAUCUCCUGGAACUCAUUGACACUAGAAGCCAGAUGCUGGCAGCUUCCUAUGAGUUACACCGCUUCUACCAUGAUGCCCGGGAGACCCUCAGCCAGGUCCAGAACAAACAGAAGCAGCUACCAGAUGAAGCCGGGUGGGAUCUCAACACAGCUGAAGCCAUGCAGCGGAUGCACACUGCCUAUGAACAUGACAUUCAGGCCUUGAGUGCUCAGGUAAAGCAAGUGCAGGAUGACGCAGCACGGUUGCAGAAGGCCUAUGCCGGGGAAAAGGCUGAUGACAUCCGGAGGCAUGAGCAGUCGGUGAGUGAGGCCUGGUCUGACCUGCUCAGCAGCAGCAGCGACCGUCGCCAACUCCUCCUGGACACCGUUGACAAAUUCCGCUUUUUCCGUAUGGUGCGUGACCUUCUGCUGUGGAUGGAUGACAUCAACCUCCAGAUAGAUGCGCAGGAGAAGCCCAGGGAUGUGUCAGCUGCUAACCUGGUCAUCAAGAAUCACCAAGGGAUCAAGGCGGAGAUGGAGGCACGGACCGGCAGCUUCAAUGCUUGCAUAGCUAUGGGUGACGACCUCCUGGCUAAGGGGCACUACGCUUCCACAAAGAUUGUGGAGAAAUUGUCUCAGUUGCAGGAACGCCGCAAGGAGAUCAACAAUAAAUGGCAAGAGAAGAUGGACUGGUUACAAAUAGUUAUGGAAGUGCUGAUGUUUGGGCGGGAUGCCAGCAUGGCAGAAGCUUGGCUUUCCAGCCAGGAACCAAUUGUGCGCUCCACUGAACUGGGUGACAACGUGGAUGAAGUUGAAAACCUGAUCAAGCGACACGAGGGCUUCCAGAAAUCAGUAGCGGCCUGGGAAGAACGUUUCCUGGCACUGGAGAAGCUCACCACGCUGGAAGAGAAUGAACAUCGGCGGCGUGAGCAAGAAGAAGAAAGGAAGAGGAGGUCUCCAACACCGACACCACUGGAACCCACUGUCAUGAUGCCACAGACAGAGGACCCAGAGGGACAUCGCCCACCCAGCAGUACUCAGGCCAAUGGAAGCUCUGGAGAGGAAGGCUUAGCUCUGGAGUUGCCCUCACAAAAUGGGAUUGACCCAGAUUCUGAAUCUCCUCAGAUUUCAGAAUCACCAGCUGCAGUCAAUGGGUCACAACUGGAUUCGGUAUCCAAGGACAAAGAGCCUAGCCCACCCUCCUCGCCUAAGCUCAGUUCCAAGCCAGCUGUGCUCAGCACGGAUCCCAGUCAGUCAGUCACGCUGCCCCCACAAACACCAGACCACUCAGCCCCAGAACAGAUGGAAGGGGUGUUAUAUCGGAAGCAGGAAAUGGAAUCCCAUGGCAAAAAGGCAGCUAACAGGUCUUGGCAGGCCAUCUAUUGUAUUGUGCAGAAAAGCAGCUUUGGAUUCUACAAGGACAGCAAGCACGCCAGCAAUGGCAUUCCCUAUCAUGGGGAAGUGCCCGUCAGCUUGCAGGGAGCGCAGUGCAACGUGGCUCUGGAUUACAAGAAGCGCAAGCAUGUCUUCAAACUUGGAUUAACAGAUGGCAAAGAAUAUUUAUUCCAGGCAAAGGAUGAGGCAGAGAUGAGUACUUGGAUGCGAGUGAUCAAUGCCGCUGCCGCGUGCCCCCUCACUCCCCAAGACCCUGCGGAAGAUCAGCCUCCGCUCAUCAGCAAAGGCAUGACGCGAGCAAUGACGAUGCCUCCCGUGCCCCACCACAGCGCCUCAGAAGGGACUGUCACCCUGCGUAGCAAAGAUGCCAAGGAGAAGGACCGCGAGAAACGUUUCAGUUUUUUCAAGAAGAAUAAAUAGGAGCUGUGGUGGGAGAGGGGCUGGGGGCUCUGCUGCAGUUGGUGAAAUCUGUACAGGCCUGAGCAGUGAUGUGGGGUGCAGCGAGGGGCUUGAGAUCGGCAAGGGGAGCAGGGUUAGGGCAUAACAAAACUGGCCGUUGCUCUUUACUUAAUACUGCAGAUUGCAUGAAGCAUCUCUGACGUUACAAGGAAUGCCUCCCCUUCUGGCCCCCUCCUUCCCCUUAACAAAGAAAAGCAAAACGAAACAGGCCACAUCGCCUCUGUUGAAACAGGAGGAAAACACAGUGGAAAAUGCGGUGGUGGCAGCGCUCUGCUGGGGAAAGGCCUCCCCGAAGUGGGGCAGCAGAUGGUCAGAUGCUGGACAUCUGAGGGGGCAGGUGUGUGUGGGUGGGCAAGCAGGUCACGGAGGGGGGUGGCAUGGGGCUGAUCCAGGACCGCUGUUUUUCAUGAGCCCAGGGAUGCUGGUGGGUUGUGGGUUCUGGUAGCAGGGACACCAUUGGCGGUCCCACGGAUACAGAACAGACCCUUUUGGCUCCUGAGGUUGAGAUUUCUUUUCCUUUGAUAAUCACUUCUGCUCCUCCUCCUCCUCCUCCUCCUCCUCCUCCAUCUGUGCUCCAAGGCUGUUGGCUUUUUCCUUCCUGCCCUGCCGCAGCCUCAUCAGCAGGCAGGACCGUACUGGAAAAAGGUUGAUAGUCCUUGUGCCGCUUUGGCCCCGUGCUAAUAGGAACACGUCUGGACGAGAUAGGCUUCUUCUAAACAUCCGGAAAAUCCCCCUUGAAAAGCUUCGCUAAAUUGCAAUGCACGCCCAUACGCGCAUCCCUUCUAAAAUCUAACCGAGGGUGCAGAACGCUGUAUCGUUUGGCCCUAGAGCUGAAGCACUGCUUGCGUCUGCGGUCUCAAAGCGUGCUGCCUCCUCUUGGAAACGAAGCCUGGCACCUGCCUCUCUGACGCCCAUCUUCAGAUGCUUCCGUAUCCUGAAUGCAGCAGAGAGGGAGGGAAGGGUUAUCGAGGAAGGGGGGGCCAAAGCACUGGGGGCUGGCUUCAGGUUCCAGGAAGGGCCCCCAGGAUGAUACUCCUGUCCUCCCUGCAGCUGAGUCUGGGGACCUGGCUGCCUGCCCUCCAAACUCGCCUCACAGUGCCUGAAAGUUGUGAUCUCUCUGGGGCUCGGGAAUAUGGUGGGGCUGUCAAACCAGGAUGGCUGCUGCUGCCGCCAGAGGUUUCCCCCAAUUAGGAAGCCCGAGCUAGAUCUUCUGGCUCAAACCAGUGACCAGCAAUCAAAGCCAGCACUGAACUACCCUGCCCCCACCCCAGCCUCUGCUUUAAACCAGUGAUCCACCCCCCACCCCCCGUCCACACAAUGCAUGGCAGUGCUGUUGUAAGAGAUCCACUCUGGUUGGGAUUAUUUUGGCUACCUUUCCCAAACUGGCACCCUCCUCCUCAGCUUAUGCUGGCUAAGAAAUUGGGAGGCGAGGCUCCAGUGCAUCUGGUGGAUCCCCAAGUUUUGGAAGGCUAGUUUCAUAGCCCCCUCCCUCCCCCCCCAGCCUAUACUCUAUGCAAAAUUCAUCACCCCACACCUGGUCCACCCCUUUUCUCAAGCCACAGAGCACACAAAGUCCUCAGGGUUAGAACCAAGACCAUCCUUUCUAUGAGGAAGAUUCCCAAGUGGUGGAGUUUCCAUUUCUCAGGUGCUGUUCAAUUUCUCACCUAGAGAUCUUUGGGUUGACCUUUGCCUCCUGUGGCCGUGUGCCAUGGAUCUUUUUCCCCCCAAGGGAGCCCACGCGCUGCAAAUGCUCACUUGCACGUGGCAGAAAAGAACACCUUGCAGGGCCUAGCUUAGAAACAGGAAGCUGAAACGUUUCCCUAGAGCUGUCGUAGAAGGGGCUUGCUCAACGCCUCUCUCGAGCGUCACAUUCAUCCAUUGGCGAGCACCAAAGUUGUGCUGUUGAGUUGGCUGGAGUCACCUCUCAGCUGCUUGUCAGGGUCUUGGCUGGAGCAGGAUCCCCACUGCUUGUAUUGUGACCUGGCUCUGUGAUAUCCCCCCAUCUCCCUGGCCUUGGUUCCUGACCUGAGUGUGCCUUCCACUCAUACUCGGAUGCCACCCUGCAUUUCCCCCUCUCCUCUGCAGCCGGUGCCCGUCUUUCACUCGGUCACAAAGGAUGCCGAAACAGCCUUGGCACGUGGAUGGGGUUGCAGAAAGACCCAGAUGAGCAGGAUUUUUUUUCAUGCUGCUUAGAGCGGGAGGGGUGGGGAGGCCUGGCCUACAAGUGAGACACCCUUGCCUUCUCGGCACACCCCUCAAGGGCCCCCAGCAGUGUUUUCUGUGCUUGUUGGGGACUGUUAUCCAUGUGUUUGCAGUAGCAUCUGUUCCAAUAUUUUUUUUGGAGAAAUAAAAAGAAUCUCUGGA